AACGCUGGCCUCACACGGAACCAGGCACAACGAGCACACGGCUUUAAGAGGAAUUCAGGACGUCAAACUCAUUUACCCAGACAGAGACGGACCGGACCGGGCUUCAGGCCAGAACCAGAACCACAGUUCAGUUUGGAGAACUAAACAAAGUCCAGCAAAGUCUUCAUUUAUUUAAACCAAGGAUCUUAUUGGGAUCUGAGUUUAAAACUGACUGAUAAACUUCUUGGUGAGUUGGGAUUAUUUUUGCGGGAACCCGUCUUCGGUUUCAGUGGUUUUGACCCAUUGGUUCCGUCCAGAGGGACUGUGACCCGAGAGCUGAUAAGCUAAUCAAUACCUGGAACAAAUCUUACCUCACCACUCAGCUAUCAUGAGCGAGAGCAACAACACCGAUGGGGGAAUAGACUGGAGCAAACUGGAGCCCACCUAUUCCGUCAAGAUCUUCAUGACCGUCCUCUACACGCUCAUGCUGGUUGCAGGCAUUGUGGGUAAUUCAGUGACCAUCAGGGUGACGCAGGUGCUAAGGCGAAACGGCUACCUGCAGAAAAACGUGACGGACCACAUGGUGAGCCUGGCCAGCUCCGACCUGUUGGUGCUCCUCAUCGGCAUGCCGGUGGAGCUCUACAGCGCCAUCUGGUUCCCCUUCGGAGCCGCGUCCGGCAACGCGUCCUGUAAGAUCUACAACUUCCUGUUUGAGGCGUGCAGCUACGCCACCAUCCUCAACGUGGCCACACUCAGUUUCGAGCGCUACGUUGCCAUCUGCCACCCGUUCCGCUACAAGGCACUGAGCGGCAAACGGACCUCGGUUCUGAUCACCUUUGCCUGGGUUGUGUCCGUUCUCAUUGCCUUGCCGUUGUUGAUCGCCACGGGAAUGCAGGGACACAUACCGCACCGACAGGAACUGAGUUUCUGCACCAGUCUGAAGGAGCACUGGGUGAUGUACAGAGCUAGCAUCUUCGGGGCGUUUGUCCUCUACAUAAUCGUGCUGAUCUCCGUCGCCUUCAUGUGCCGGGCGAUGAUCCUGGUGUUGAAGAAGCCGCUGGGAUCUUUGGACGACGGCAUCAACGGGACCGAAAGGCCCGGAAAGCACGAGAGCGAAACCACGAAGGCGGCUCGGAAGCAAACGAUCAUUUUCCUGGGUCUGAUCGUCGGCUCUCUGACGCUCUGCUGGUUUCCUAACCAGCUGCGGCGCCUGAUGACGGCGGCUGUCCCGAAGUCUUCCUGGUCUCUGUCGUAUUUCUGGAUCUAUGCGUGGCUCCACCUGGUGGCCGACGCCUUCUUCUACCUCAGCUCCGUGCUCAACCCGUUCCUCUACAACCUGUCAUCUCGUCACUUCCGCCAGGUGUUCCUGCAGGUGCUGCGCUGCCGCCUGACCAUCCAGCACGCUAACCGCCACGCCGCGCCGUCGCCGCCCCGCGCCACCUCCGCGCACUCGCUGCGGCCGCUGCUCCAGAAGUCGCUGCGUUUCGGCCGGAGGAGCGGCGGCAGCCAGCAGAGGGCGCCGCCCACCUUCACCACCUUCCAGAGCGACUCGGCGCCGUCUGGCUGCCGGGUGGCCGUCAGCCUGGGCGAGCAGACCGGACCGGAAACCAGAACCGAGACAGAAAUCUGAAUCCUGAAGCCGCUCUGGCCCCGUGAAGCGUCGGCGUCACGGCGACGAGACAGUUUCAUGUCUCAACGACUUUCUGAAAACUGUUAGAGCAAAAAAAAAUUAUAAUUCACAGAAAAAUCUUCAACAUGGUGGUGGAGGGGUGAUGCUGGGGGCGUCCAGCAGCAGAACGGCUGGAAUGGCCUAGUCAAAGGAAUGUUUGGCCCUGCAGAGAGACUGCUGCUGGGUCACAGGGUGUACUUACUUUUCCACACGCAGCUCUUAGCUUUCUUGUUUUAAUAAAAAAUGACGCGUUGAAUCUGUUGAGUUUUUCUAGAAUCUGCAGCUCAAGUUUACAGAAACUUCAGUUUUAUUACAAAAACUUUCUAAUAGUUCAUAUUUAUCCAAAUUAUGAUAUUAAUCAUCUUUAUUAACUUAAAUUGUCACCUAAUUAUUUUAAUUUGACUCCUUCACAUUCUGACUUCUAGAUUGACCAUUUGAGUGGCCUAGUUAAAUCCUCUGUGGUCUGCAGGUCCCGCGGCCCCCGGCUGCCUGUCUCUGAGGGCUGGUGCUGCAUGUCUGUAUGGCAAGCUGAUUGAACAUAAAAUCAGCUUCACCACAGUUACAUCCCAUAUUUCUGUACUAGUCUGGUUUCCUCCUGUUGCCAUGGUAACCAGGACUUAGUCUGGAUUAGACCUGAGUGAACUAAAUCUGUUGGAUUAAAACUGAAAACAGGAAGAAUUUUCAGAUGAGAGUUGAUAUAAAAUCUGUUUUUAGCUGAGAAAAU